CUUAGAAGUGGAUACAUCAAGCUCAUUAAUCAGGUAUAUAAUUAACGAAAACGGUCACUUGGUUCCGUUUAAGCUGUUUAAAAAAGGGCUUCAUCCAAUGAACUGCCGAGGCGGGUUUCACAAGAGGGAACUUGAAGAGAAUUAUCCGGACGCGCAUGAUGUUUAUGAUCUACAGAGCUAUUACAAACGGAGGUACAGACAACAAGAAACGAAAAGAAGUUCACCUUCGCAAAAAGAUCUAUUCCUGGGCGCACUGUCAAAUAGGAAAGAUCAAAUGGACAACAACGAAGGCAUAUUCCUGGAUUACGAUCAGCAGUUUCCUCCAUCCGAACAUUCGCUUAAGCAAACUAAACAAAACGAAAGUCCGUUCCAGCAUGACGGUAUCGAACCAACUUUUGAACUUGUUGGAAAUAUAAGGAUCAAAGGAGUUCCAUUUGGCCUGAAGAAUUUCUUUGUCUCUUCUGCGAUAGAAAAAGAGCCGUCACGCGAUUUGCUUCCAGAUGGGGCAGUGUCUUUGGAUAAUGACCUGUGGACCGAAGUUAAAGACGCUAUUGACUUUGGAGGAGGUACCUCCAAGUCGUCAGAUGAUAAUUUGGUGAAUGCUGGAGGUCCGAGCGAACUGUUCGACUAAAUACGGCGGUUUAUUAUGGACAUUGCUUGAUUUUCGAACAAUUUUCCAAACGUAUUUCUUUGUAAUAAAAUGUGAUAUAACAGCAAGAUAUACUCCAAAUAUGUUCUAAUAAAUCAAUAUAUCACAAUGAAUGAUGACUUGAUUCGAAAGAACAAACCAAGCUUAUUAACAAUCGCUCAUUAAUCAAGUUGUUUAUGAGCAAAGGGUGUUAAACAUAAUAGCAACUUUGAUGACAACGCAUCGCAUUAACGUCGUUAUAUUAAACAAUUAUCGUAACAUAACAUAGGAAAGUAUAAACUUUUAUUUACCCCGGUUUAAUCAACAUAUUCCAAUUUGUAAUGAUGGAUUAUUGCUUGAUUACUUGAAAGCGUUUCCUAAAUGAAAGUCACACUAUACAGAUAAUAAACAUUUGAGUUAUGCAACAAACACUGGUAUAUAUUCCGUAGCUCAUGUUAUAUCAAUAUAAUUUGUACUUCUGAAACCGUAGCAACAUGUGAAUAAAUGUAUGAGCCCAUCA